GCGGAGAUCCCGGAAGGCAGGUCUUGCGCGCAGGCGGGGGCGCGCGGGGAGCUGUAGGACAAGUUGGGUCCGGGUGCCGCUGGGGAUUAAGCGAGAAGUUAGACGUGUGGACAAGUCGGAUCGCGACAGGAGGGGGGGAGACUGGAAAGGUAUAUAUAGCUACAGCGCAGACCCGCGCCGGAGGAAGACCGUGCUCAGGGUCUGGGACGCUGGCCACUCUCCCGGGUCGCGCAGCGGGUCCAGCGCGAGGCGCCAACAAAAGAGGCGAGGCGGUGCCACCCCGGGGCGGCGGCUGGGAGAGGAGGUUGAGGAGGAGCGCGGAGCCCCACGUCCCGACCCGCCGUGCGUACUUUCUGGAGGGAAGGGGCGGGGGAACCGGCCCCGGGAGGGGGACGCCAGUUGGCUAAGGGGUGAGCCGAGUUCCGGCGGCGGCGCCCUCCUCCGCUCCCACGGGAGGAAAGUUUUCUCCCGACGCUUCCGGCCGGCCCGCGCCCUCUGGGCCCGGCCUCCCGAGUCUUCGGAGCGGGCGCCGUCCCAGCCCAGCUCCGGAGAGACCCGCGCCGCGAUGCCUGCGGGGUGCGCACGGAGCCCCGCUGCCGGGGACGGGCGACUACGGCUAGUGCGGCUGGCCCUGGUCCUCCUGGGCUGGGUCUCCUCGUCCUCGCUCAGCUCGUCCGCAUCCUCGUCCACCUCCUCGGCGUCGUUUGUGGCCAGCGCGGUGUCCGCCCAGCCGCCGCUGCCAGGUCAGUGCCCUCCGCCUUGCGAGUGCUCGGAGGCGGCGCGCACGGUCAAGUGCGUUAACCGUAACCUGACGGAGGUGCCGGCGGACCUGCCCCACUACGUGCGCAACCUCUUCCUCACCGGCAAUCAGCUGACUGCGCUCCCCUCCGGCGCCUUCGCCCGCCAGCCCCCGCUGUCGGAGCUGGCCGCGCUCAACCUCAGCGGCAGCCGUCUGCAGGAUGUGCGCGAGUACGCCUUCGAGCAUCUGCCCGGCCUGCGCCAGCUCGACCUCAGCCACAACCCACUGACCAACCUCAGCUCCCUCGCUUUCUUGGGUAGCAACUCCAGCAGCAACGCCAGCAUCUCGGACCCCAGCCCCCUAGUGGAACUGUUCCUGAACCACAUCGUGCCCCCUGAGGUACAGGAGAAGCGGAGCUUCGAGGGUGUGGUGGCAGAGGCCCUUCGAGCUGGCCAAGCACUGCGCGGGCUCCACCGCCUGGAGCUGGCCAGCAACCACUUCCUCUACCUGCCCCGGGACGUGCUGGCUCAACUGCCCAACCUCAGGUACCUGGACCUGCGCAACAACUCGCUGGUGAGCUUAACCUACGUGUCCUUCCGCCACCUGACACACUUAGAAGACCUCCACUUGGAGGACAACGCCCUCAAGGUCCUUCAUAAUGGCACCUUGGCCGAGUUGCAAGGCCUGCCGCAUGUCAGGGUCUUCAUGGACAGCAAUCCCUGGGUCUGCGACUGCCAAAUGGCUGACAUGGUAGCCUGGCUCAAGGAGACAGAGGUAGUGCAGGGGAAAGCCAAGCUCACCUGUGCAUUCCCGGAAAAAAUGAGGAAUCGUGUCCUCUUGGAACUCAAUAGCUCUGAUCUAGACUGUGACCCUAUCCUCCCCCCAUCUCUACAGACUUCUUAUGUCUUCCUGGGUAUUGUUUUAGCUUUGAUAGGUGCCAUUUUCCUUCUGGUUCUGUAUUUGAACCGCAAGGGGAUAAAAAAGUGGAUGCAUAACAUCAGAGAUGCCUGCAGGGAUCACAUGGAAGGGUAUCAUUACAGAUACGAAAUCAAUGCGGAUCCCAGGUUAACAAACCUCAGUUCUAAUUCGGAUGUCUGAGAAACAGUAGCGGACAGAACAAGGACAACUAUGCAUGAGACGUAGACUUAAGCUUUUUCCUGUCCUAGGCAUCUUCCACCUCCACCCUCCACUGCAGACACCACUGACUUUGAAAGCAGUGAAGGGAAUUUGCUUCCUUGUUAUGUAAAGUUUUUUUUUUUUUUUCCUCUUGGUGUGUUCUGUUAAUGUAUGACCCUGAACAAGUGUGCGUAGUGUUUUACCUUCUUCGUUUUUGUGGAACUCCUCAACACGUGUGGAGGGAUUUUUCAAGUUUCAGCAUGAACAUGGACUCUUUCCUGGCUCUCUCUUUCACUUAGUACAAUUCAAGGUGUAGCAAAUGUACCUAUACAGAUAGCAUUCAACAAAAGCUGCCUCAACUUUUUUCAGAAAAAUACUUUAUUCAUAAAUAUCAGUUUUAUUCUCAUGUACUUAAAUUGUGGGGGGGGGAAUGAUUGCAUUGCAUAAAUUGCCUGCAGACCUUAGCAAGCUCUUCAAAGUAACUCCAUUGUACACAGGAGCACCUGCAUCUGAGAGCAUGCUUACAUUUUAUUGUUCUGCAUAUUACAAACAUAACUUGCAACUUCAGAUAACUUCUUUGACAAAGUAAAUUACUUUUCCCAUUGCAGUUUAUAUGAAGCUGUACUGAAGUUUUUUUAAUAAACUGCAUCAAGAGCCAACAGACUAAACUGUUAAAAAAAAUUCAAUAAAGAUUCUCAAAAGAACUACAGUUGUGUUCAAGUUUGCUAUUUGAAAAAAGGAUUAGGGACAGUGAUCUUGAAUGGUCUUGGUUCAGAUGGUAAUUAAGUUAUUAGUUAAUGAAACUGUAGCAGUGUCUUAUAUAAAACAACUUUGGCGAUAGUUUUGCAAUGGUGGUUUCUUUCAGGAUUUAAAUCAAGAAUUUGAAUAUUCAUCUGAACAUACUUUUGGUCCCAAAGUUAAUGCUAUUCAUGAAAGCAAUUUGGUAAGAGCAUUCUGAAGCUGGUAAGAGAGAAUAAUUCUGUAUGAUAAACACUUGAUAGUUUGGGGCUUGUUUUAGACUAAUGAAGUUGUUAGGACAGAACAAUAUUUACUUACUAAAAUUCUCCACAUUAAAUUGUUCUAAGGGGUUUUAGAGCAGAGUAUGACACAUAUAAUGCAAAUAAAUGUGAAAGGGAGUGUCUUAAAUAGAUAUAGUAUAUUCUAAAAUAAAAAAAUUUAAAUGUAACUCCAAAAAAUUUUGUAAGAUCAAUAUGUAAAUGGAACUUAAACUGUCUUGAGAAUAUUUUUUUCAAAUUUUAAAUGGAACAUACAUGGAUGAUAGUUUUUCAGAGACCCUGUUAAUAUUUUUAAGAAAUUGUAACCAUAGGUAUGAAUUUGAGGAAAUACCCAAAGAUAAAUGUCUACAUCCAUAAACAAGUAUCUCAAUUAAUUAUAUUCAGUUCAGAAUUUAAGAAUUUGGGGAUAUUUUAUCUUUAAUUGGGCUCUAUAUUAGUAUAUGCAAGCACUUGUGAAGAACAAAUCACAUUUAGAUAUAAUUAAGAGCAAUCGGUUAAUCAAUUGAUACUAGCAAGAUUACUUUUUUUAGUUUAUUAUUUUCCAAUUAAUCCCAAAAGUUAAUUCUAUUAAUCUAUAAGCUACCGUGAAAGUGACUUUAAGUUAGCCAUUAUUGCUUAACUGAAAGUGUACAUAAACUUGUCUUAGGUCCUUUUCCCUUUAAAUUGGUUAUGUGUGAGUGUGUUAUAUUUGAAGUAGAAUUUGUUUUCCUAUUUUUAUAUAUUCAUUGGAUUAGCUAGUACUUCAGAUUCUAGAAAUCUUUACCUCAUUCUUUGAGUUAAAUUCAGAAGUUUCUAAAAAUAGAGCUAAAGAUAAUGAAUCUGUUCCUUGUUUAGACUAUGGAGUCAGAAUAUGAAAUUUUAAUACAUUAGCUUUCAUAAAGCUCAUUUUAUGAAUGAUGGUGUUCAUUAUUUAUGGGUUAUACUUCAGUUCCUAUAAUUACCUGAGAAAAGGUUAUUAUAUGGUACUUAAUAUUAACAUUUUAUCAAUGUUCACAAGGAAUUCAAAAAUUGGCUGCCAUUAUUUCCUGAGAAUGAUGAGAAGAUAGUAAUCUGCCCAAAAUAGUGGAAGCAUCUAAAUCACAGCCUACUAUCUCAGGAAUAAGUUGCUGAGGGACUUUCACUAGUUAAGUCUGCUGAUAUUAUGGAAAACAACAAAUUAUGAUCUUUAUGUAAUCUCUAUAGAGAAGAAUCAUUUCUCCAUCAUGUGAUCUAACAGUUAAAAUUUGAGCUUUCAUAAGAUCCAGGAAGCAGUAGAUUUGUUUGUCUAGCUUUUCUCAUCAUCGACCCACUGAAGCAGAAUCUGUGAUAAAAUGAACCCAAGUUGUCUCCUGUGAGGUAGAUGACUUUUUUGAAGUUAUGAUCUCUUGUUUCUUUUUUAUCCCCUUAACUCUUCCCUUGUCUGAACACCUCAAUUUGCUACUGCUUUCUUUUAUAGCACAUCACUCCUUGCUGUUCUCCAAUACAUUGCAACAGAAAAUUCUUAGGGUAAAAAAUACUGUUUGAAAACAAUUGCUACUGUAUAGUCAAAAUACUGUUAAGUCUAUAAACUUUUAAGGCACUAUGAGUCCCUUGGACGACAGUAUAAAGGAAUAUAGAAAGAAUGAAAUAAAAAUAAAAGUCAUCACUGUUUUACAUGCUCUUAUUUUAAACACUGUUCUUUACUACCAUUAUGCAUUAUUGAGCUUAGAAACCUACAGUCUAUUUUAAAAAAUUAUUUUUAUUGGCAAUACACUUUGCUACGAGAUUAAUGAAGUUUUCAGCAGAAAGCACAAUUCAUUUAUCCUUGGCAAAUUUCAUUGGAGAAAGUGAGGCAAAUACCUAAAUAUUUAUGCACUUGAUUAAAUCCCUAAAUUUAAAAACAUAUCAAAAUGUCCAAUAAAUUUCUAAAGAUUUUAGAAUAAUACAUCUAUUUGACCAUGGAUCCUAAUCUCCCCUUUCUUUGCAGCAUUAAUAUCUGAUUCAGUGGUGACCUAUACAACACAUUUGUACCUGGGAGCUAAUAGAUUUUUGUAAUAAACUUCUAAAGCACAUUUGAUAAAUGUAUUUAAAGAAAAAUGAGUUACAUAAAUGGAUAUUAUCAAUAGAAAACAAGAUUUUAUUUUUUUUCAGAGGAGAAGGUUUGAGAUGACUUACAUCUUUGCGUUCUGUCUUUUUAAUAAAAGUAGUUGAAAAAGGGAGGUCCAAAUGAACAGGGAUUGUUUCCUCAGCAAUUAUCUUUUACUCUAUCCCUUUUGAUCUGAGGUUCCAAUACAGGGCUUACCUUGUUGAGGACAUUAGAGGUUUUACAGCUCUAGGAGUCUUUCAUAUCAUUUCUGCUUUCCAUUUUAUAUUUUUCUGAAGGCCACCCUAAAAGAGACACCAUUAGGACAUGCAAGGUUAGAAAAAAUUUGCAAGGGCUUUCUGUUCGAAAUCCAUUCAGCCGUCCAGCCUCAGAGAGCAGCACCAUAAAGUGAAGGCAGACGUUUGUUAGAUGAGAUUCAGGUUUCUCUUUUACCCUUGUUCAAAGAUUUUUCACAGUAAAGGACAGAGAAGUGAGGAAAAUAUCUUUCUAAAUAAUAAAUAUAUGAAAAAUACCUUGACAAUGUCUUAUAAAACUUUCAGUAAUACCACGAUACUACACUAGAAAAGUAAUCAGCUAACGAAACUGUAUUCUGUAUUACCCAGGCGAUCCUGUCUCCUCUCAGAUGGGGAAAAACAGUUCCUUGAAGAUGUGUGUACACUUAUUUUAAAGCACAGACUGGUUUUAUUGUGCAUUUUAUCUUAAAACAGUUUUGUCGCUCUAUUUUGUCACAGAUAAAAAAUAUCUAGAAUUUUAAAAAUGUUUGAUAUAUGAAACGUAGUCUUGAUAAGAAUAUGAAUUUUGUAAGAGCUGUUGCUGUGUCAAACAUAGUUUUCCAUUCACAAAUGAGGAAACUGAUCACUCUGGCUUGUCAUUAUUUUAUACAACGGCAACUAGGACUAGGUCUCAGGGUUCUUUAUUGCUAGGGCUCUUUUUGCCACGUGGUAUGACUGACUACCUACUUUGAGACCCUUGAAAUUCCUAUAUCUAAUAAAAGAAAGCAAAUGCUGUGGCAAAUUUCUUAUUGUUUUUGCUAUGAGUAAAUGUUUCAGUUUGCUCUAAAUUUUACUUCCAGUAUGUUAAAAAUGACUUUGUUUCAGACCCCGCAAUAUGCUUACAUAUUUUUGAAAUAAUUUUGUUAUAGUAAUCUCAUUACUAUGAAACUCCUCUGAGUCCAUGAUAUAAUAGGAAAUAUUUUGGAAAUUUCACGGUGAUAUUUCUUUUGGAAAGAAAAAUAAAACUGUGGAAAGCUGUGCUAGCUUGUUUCAUUCUAUCUUAGAAGAUGAGUGAGCUCAGCUGGUGAGAACACUAAACAAAUGAGACCAAGUGCAUGGCCAUGAGAUCAUUCAGUUGCCAGGGGAGAGAGAGUCUGUUUUGCAUGCUCUGGUCUGCUCUCCAGGCCCCUGCAGCUUCAGGUACCUGCUACCAUCCGUUUGAGAGCCUAUCCAAAGAGGGGAGCUAAGACAAUGCAAAUCCAUCAUCACCCUAGAAAACCAGUGGAGUCACUGGCAAAACCGAGGCAGCCCUGCUGCUGCCAUGCUGUUUGUCUUUACAUAUGCAUGACACGACAGAAAUGUCAUGGCAUGCAUGCCACACAUCACAAAGUUUCUUAUGUGAAUUUUCAGAAAAAUCUAUCAUGGUGCCUCUUAAUGUGUGAUGUGGGAAAUUAAUUAUGUUUGCUUUAUUAUUUAAAAUAAAAUGAGGUUUAAGAUUAAGGAUUAUGAUUACUAUAUCACAAACUUGUAUGUAAAUGUUUAUAAAAACAGAAAUGUCUUUUAUGUUUAGCUGACGCUUUAUGACAGUAGGAUUUAUUUGUGGCUCAUAGUUUAACUUGGUUAGUAUAAGGAUAUAUUUAUUUUCAAGGAAGCAAAAGC